AUGGAAGAAAAUGAUCACGGCAACAGAGACGCGGUGGAGCGGCAGGAGUCUGCGGAGGAUGAGUCCAACAGAGCCAUCCUCCCCCUCCUGCAGGCGCCGGGGGGGAACCCGCAGAUCCCGCACCGGGUCACCAAUUUCUUCAUCGACAACAUCCUGCGGCCGGAUUUCGGACGCAAAAAGGACGCGGGAGCAAACCGCGAGGAGAACUGUAGCCUGGCGUCGCGGGAGGGUCACCGCAGCCCCGACGAGCCUCAGACCGAGCCGGUGGGGAACACGGUGCCGGCGGAGGGGACCUCCACCCCGCACACCGUCACCGUCAGCAAGAAGCCCGCUAUAGCCGCCGAGGAGCCCGUGAAACCCCGCGGGGAGAGAGGAGACCAGUGCCUAAGCUCAGACUCAGACAGUUCCCAAGCCAGCUCGAACCCUUCCCAGUCUAAGUCCAUGCUGUGGCCGGCCUGGGUCUACUGCACCCGGUACUCGGACAGGCCUUCUUCAGGGCCAAGAUCUCGCAAACCAAAGAAGAAAACACCCAGCAAGGAGGACAAGCGACCACGGACGGCCUUCACAGCAGAGCAGCUGCAAAGACUAAAAACGGAGUUUCAGACCAAUCGCUAUCUGACCGAGCAGAGGCGUCAGAACCUGGCCGGGGAGCUGGGCCUGAACGAGUCCCAGAUCAAGAUCUGGUUUCAGAACAAGAGGGCGAAAAUCAAGAAGGCCACCGGCGCUAAAAACUCUCUGGCCUUGCACCUGAUGGCACAGGGACUGUACAAUCACGCCACCGUCUCGUCGAAGGACGAAAAAUCAGACAGCGAUUGAUUUCCAGAGAAGUCACAACCAGCCUCCUGACGAAAACAAGAACCUAUAGUAAUCCUAUGAUAGAUUUUUUUUUUUUUAUAGAGAUAUCAC